GAGAUAUUCACUGAGAAACCUCCAUCCCCGUGCGAUCUCCUCUAACGGGAGAACUGAAGCGAUGGCGGGUUGCGCGGAGGAUUCGUGGAUUUUUGCUUGACACGCGCCAGAAUCUUCUGUUGGAUUAGUUGUUUGAUUUAUUUAUGGGGGAUUUUCAUUUACCUACUGAAAAAUGCCUUUUGCCAAACGGAUCGUUGAGCCUCAGCUGCUGGUUAGACAUCCCAUCCCUAAUGAUGAAGGGUUACUGUUCGAGGAUCUGUGCUCCAUCACCAAUGUGGCUCUAUCCCGGACCCUGCGGCAGCUCUCCGACCUGUCCAAACACGCCUGCUCCUUAUUUCAGGAGCUUGAGAACGAAAUAGUGUCUACAAACCAACGGGUUUGGGCUUUGCAGAACAAAAUAGGCAAAAUUCAGCAAACCGCCAGUGCGCUGGAUCCAAAACUGGAGGCUGUGCGUUUCAGGAGCAUCUCUAUAGCGGUUUCGAAUCUGGACAUUGAGAGUAAACUGACGUCCCACUAUCAGGCUCCAUGGCAUCAGCAACACAACCUGUUCCACACUUGCACACGACCAGCGUGUCUGGAGGAGCUGCACCGACAUGCAAAGCUCAACCUGCGGGCGCUGCACAGAGACCAGCAGCAGCGCCAGCGUUCAACCAGCAGAGAGCGCAGUCGGGUCACUAUAUCAAUAUCUGUGGCACCGCCAAUGCCAACCUUCCCUUCAACUCACAAACUCAAACGGCGAGAGCAGAGAGGUCGACAUUCACGCAUGGAGAGGAGCGUUAGAGAGAGUGAUGUGCAAACUAUCCAGAGGAAGGAAAGACCAGCCAAGGAGGCUGAAUUCAAACCUGUCCUCAGAAAGUAUCAGCGCUCCCCGCCCCCUCCCCCUGUUCAGUGUUGUUACUUCAUUCCCUGGAUUAGAAAGGCUGGAACCAACACAGAAACGGAUGGAGAACUACAAGUGAUGAGCCAUAGGCCUAAAUGUCCUGUUCCCAAUGCACCUACCACCCUGGAAAAACAGACCAACUGGUCUAAAGCCCUGCCUCUUCCCACUCCAGGAAGAAUAAAGAAUGACUCUCAAGUGAUUUCGUCCUGUAUCAUUCCAAUAAUAUGUGUUGGAUUUGACAGAGAAGCCAGUGCUCGCUGCUCUCUUGUUCACUCCCAAUCAGUUCUACAGAGACGACGGAAACUCAGGAGGCGAAAAACGAUCACUGGGAUCCCCAAACGAGUUCAACAAGACAUGGAUUCUGACGAAUCCCCUGUUGCUAGAGAAAGAACAGUGAUAAUCCGCAACCCACACAAGUCCCACGAGUGGCAUGAGGAGCUCUCCUUGAGUGGCAGAGUAUUGCAUACCAAGGAUUCGGGCUGUCAGACAGAUGACUUCUUGAUUACUGCUCCAUCCCGAAGGCGCAUCCGUGCCCAAAGAGGUCAGGGAAUUCCAGCUUCUCUCUCUCAUUCCACUGGGAACAUAACCUCCCUGCCAGAUCGUUCUGAUACGGUUUAUGCUGCAGCAUCAGCUACACGUGUCCGUUCUAGGAGCCUUCCACGUGAGGGUGGUCGGCUUCUGGAUGAGGACCAAGAUGACAGUGAUGAUGAUGAUGAAGAUGAUGAUGAUGAAGAUGAUGAAGAGGAAGAUGAGGAGCUCUCUCCAUAUGAAACCGAGGACUUCCUGCCAGGUCCCGGACAGAGAAUCUCAAAGGAUGAGGAAGAGAGUACUGACGACCAAGCCAUGCCAGAGCUGCAGUUUGGAAGUCUUAAGCGUAUGCAGCAUUCAGAGAGCCCUGAACACACAUGGAUCGAGAGGGGCAGAUCCAGGCUCCCACGCAAAGUAGACAUGGGGAGCUGUGAGAUUUCCUCUAGUUCAGAUACUUUCAGCAGCCCCAUACACUCUGCAUCUACUACAGGAGUGCUUGGCAGCCAGAUUGACCAUAAAGAGGAUCACCAGUCCUCAAGUGGCAACUGGAGUGGAAGCAGCUCCACUUGCCCAUCACAGACAUCCGAGACUCUUCCACCUGCUGCUUCCCCUCCCUUGACGGGAUCCUCACACUGUGAUUCAGAACUUUCCCUGAAUACUGGGUCCCACGUCAUAGAUGACAACACUGGUUUCAUAAUUGAUCCCUAUCACAUGGACAAGCCACAAGGACAGGGGCAACGAUCCAAUUCAUUACCCUCAUCAGCUACUGAUCAGAUGGAUGAUGCAGGGGUCAGCACUGCUAGUGAUGGUGAGUGGAACUGCACCCAGGACCAGCAGGAUCAGCCCUGUACCCAAGACUUCAGCCCAAAGCGUUCCAGAGAGGAUGAGAGUGGUGUCAAGUGCCCCAGUUAUUCUAGUGGGGAAACUUACGAGAGCUUCAGUGACCAAGCAUCCGCUAGAAAAUCUGAGAUGAACUACAUCGUCGACACGGAAGGAUUCUAUUCCUCCAUGCACUUUGACUCUGGUCUUAAGGGUAGCAGAAGCUACUACAACUAUGCAGCCAUUGACCCUGACUGUGGCCCAAGUGGUAAUAUAGCACCUGGCAUGACUGAAUACCCUCAGCCAGAGUACAGAGCCACCAGGACACUGGGCAGACCCUGUCUCUCUUUAAGAAAACCAAAGGCCAAGCCCCCCCCUCCAAAACGUAGCUCUUCAUUAAAGGAAACAAGCAGUGGUGUGAACGUUCCAGAGCAGAACGAACCAAAGAUUACUUGUGAGUUGCCACUGCCCUUGUCUUCCAGGGAGAUGAAACUGCAACUGGACUUGGCUGAUUCUACAGGGCACCUUGAGACUGCAGGUCUUGAAUCACUUGGUGCAUGGGGAGUGGAAAACGUCAGGGACAUGCUUGACUGCUCCUCCCCAUUCAGUUCCUCGGACACACAUUCCUUCAAAGAUGAAGGUGCUGUGCAAGCAGACUAUGCAGACCUCUGGCUCCACAAUGACUUGAAAUCAAAUGAUCCUUACCGGUCCCUGUCUAACUCUAGCUCUGCUACGGGUACAAACUGUUAUUGAAUGCAUCAAGUCACAGAAAGAUCAGAACGCACACCUGUCAACCAAGGGUCCAGACCUUCUUCCCCAACUCUUCCUCCACCUGAAAGCGAAUUCAAGCUUGCUUCUCCCGAAAAGGCUGGCAGCUUGGCGUCCCCUUCCAGUGGAUAUUCCAGUCAAUCUGAAACACCUACAUCUUCCUUCCCCUCUGCUUUCUUCCCUGGGCCCCUGUCUCCAACCAGUGGGAAGAGGAAGCCAAAGGUCCCCGAAAGGAAGUCCUCACUUUGUUCCUUACAACAGCAACAGCUUUCAGUCAGAGACCCAAGCAUUUCCUCUAGGAGGGAAACUGACUUCCAUGCCAUACCCCCCAGUCACCUUGACCUAAGUGCUCUUCACAGUAAGCACUUUCCUCACAGAAAUCAAAUGCACAUCCUCCACCAGAAUAAGCAGAAAGCUGCCAUAGCAGCAGCUGCUGCAGCAGAAGCUCAUGCAGCAGCUGCAGCCGCUGCUGUCGAGGGCACUGCAGCUACAGCUUCUACUUCAGAGAGUGCAACAAAUACAGCACCCAUCUCAGCCCAUUGGCUAUUCUCCACGGUUCUUAGAUCAGUGCAACUGCGAUCUAUAUGUAGACCAUCUGAUGGCAACCAAGGGCUUGAUCAAGACAGUUCAAAUCUAGUAACUCGUCCAAAGUGUCCCACAAUAAUAACUGAUGCCUCAUCAUCUAGCAACAGGCACAACAGGAAGCCACCAGCCUACAAACCCCCUGCUGCACAGGUCUGUGAUUCACAGAUUCCACAGGUGGAAAGCAUUGUUUUUCAAGAAGAAGUGAGAGUGAGACAGGAGAGGUUUGGUCCUGGUACAUACUGGGCAAUGACUGCUUUCAGAACUCCUGUGGACCUUAAUCCUGAAAAAGAAGUCUCUUCAACAAGGUCAUCUCAGUAUCUUCAACAAGAACAAGACAGCAGAAGGUGCCUAGAUGCAAAGACAUUGUCACCAGAGAGACUAAAACAAGAUUUAAAUCAACUAUCGCGGCCAGACCCUUCAACACAGCCUAUGUGUUUGGCCAGCACAAUGCCACCCCCUGCUUAUAGUGAGAUACAGAGGAGCAAUUUUGUACUGUGCAACAGUCCUGACAAAGUGCCUGUUUCAACUCAAGAGGCAUCGCAUUCUUACAUAAUCAGCGAUGUACAAGGCAGAGAGGAGGAUUAUGAGACAUCAGUCGCAACCAGAAGUGCCUCACAGGACAUAAGGGAAGAAGAGUCAACCCCAGAUACAGAGGACUAUUUCAGUAAAGGUAAUUGUCCCAGUGAUAAUUCAUCCUCUCCUUUGACUGAUGACUCCAGACUUGAUGAUGAUGUUUUCCCAUCUCCCAAACUCCGCACAACUGAAGAUCUUUUUGCUAUGAUCCACAGAUCUAAAAGGAAAGUGUUGGGACGCAAGGAUUCAGGGGAAGUGAGUGGAAAAGGUCGGCCUGGUGUACCACCUGCGACCACCACAGUAAGCAAUCCUACUGUAUGCCCGGUCAUCCCUGCUCCCCCAGUUCCUUCAAACAACUCCCAGCGAGCCUCAGGACCCAUCUACAGGAGUGCCAAAAAGUCUAGUACAUCCAGUGAGGAGUUCAAACUCCUGUUGCUUAAGAAAGGUAGUCGCACAGACUCAAGUUACCGCAUGUCCGCUACAGAGAUCCUUAAGAGCCCAAUCACACCCAAGACUCAAGCAGAGCUGCUAUUAGAGGCCGUGAGGCAACCAGAAGAGACCCCCUUACCCCAACUGGAUUCCACCAGCAGUGGAGAUCCACUUUCAAGCCCAUUUCCUAAGGCCAACAGUGAAGGAUUCUCCCCAAAAACAGUCACCAUGUCAGCUGCCUCCAGACAAGGACGUUCUAGAAUUCCACCUGCAGCGAACAGCAGUCGCUAUAGCACGCGGAGUCGGCUGUACACUGCCCCAAUGCAGGCCAUAUCAGAAGGAGAGACUGAGAACUCAGAUGGAAGUCCACACGAUGACCGCUCCUCCUAGUGGUAUUAUCAUUUUUUAACCACUUAGCAAAAUGAUGAAUCUUUUUAUAAUAUGAAAACACUGAAAACUGUAUGAGAGUGCUGUACACGUGUUAUGAUCUACCUUUUCUCCUAUACCAUUGAUUUCUUUAAGCUCCUUUUAUA